AACCAAAACCAAUGACCAUUUUGUUUAGUGGCACAAAAAGCAAAAUAUCACAGCUUGGGCCUUCGCAGACGCUUUGUGGGAAAAAUGAAAAGUGAACAGCUGGCUGGGACAUGAACAUCAGUUACACCUGCUUUCACAGAGCAGAAUCAAGUCAGGACAUGUGAGGACGUUCACUGCACAAAUGUCACCAUCAGGGAUUUAACAGUUAAAGGUCUCGCCCGUCUCACGGAACCCUGCCCACGACCUUAGAGCUGAUCCCGAACACCCGACACUGAAGCGGGAUCGAGACAGCAAAACAACCAAAACGUUGGAAAAAGUAGUCCUGAAGUUAGAAAAGAAGCUCCAUAUUGUCGUCCUCUGGCCCGGACUUACUGGUUUUCAGUAUUAACUGAUCAUGUUGGCCACCUGGCAGCUUCACCUGCAGCCCGGUUAAAGAAAAGGCGAGCAGCAGCAGACAGGACGUGUUGCUACAAGACUUUAAAAGGUGACGGCAGAGCACAUGACCUCAUCAGAGGCAACACCGACUAACUGUGACUGCCACCAUCAGGUGAGAGCAGCGAACUGCAGUAAACUGGCAAACUGUUCUUUUGGGUGAGACGUUUUUGUAAAGAGUCUUAGUGGCAGCGACUGUAUUCUCUGCACAUGUUGUUGGUCUGAAUCUUGUGAAGUGACAGGGCUCAGUCACACGGUCACACUCAGCCUGUUUAAUGUUGCAGAAGACACAACUUGCAGCACAGGUUUUACCUCUGGAGGUUUCCUGCAGUACAUCAUCCUACACCACAUUGAAAUACGUGUAUGUGGUAUAGCAUUUUACAACCUCUAAGAGGUAAAGACUGUGCUCACUGUGAAACCACCACUGAACAUCUGUAUUGCAGGGUUUUACUGCGGUUUCACCUCUGAAGACACUUUACAAAGACUAACUGUGUUACUGUAGUGUCAGUGGUGCGGUUUGGUACAGGUGUUGAACAGCUGGUGGUGUCCAGGACAAUGAAGUGAAGUGCACACAGCCAGGACAAGAAAUCGAAAUUCAUUCUCAUCUGUUACUCCCUCAGUUUCAGCCUCUGAACUCUGGGGGGCGCUGCAAACUGCUCAGUAUUUGUUUUUUGGUUUUUUUGUGAAUUAGAGAUUCACUUUGGUUUAAGGCUUUUAUUUGUACAUUAACUUUAACAUUUCAGUGUUCCUCCUCCAGGAAUGCCCAGAGAGCGUCACCUCUGGUCUCCCAGUGUCUUGUCAAUGCUGAUUAACUAUUUUGCAGCCCGGUUUAAAACUUUGCACGACUUUCAGCAGGUCUGAAGCACAGGACGUGGUGGAGAAAUGGGGCUGCAGUUUGUCACUUCUGCCAGAUGGGGGCGACACACUAGUACUUCAGUAACCUGUCAUGUGUUUUACGAUGUCUCUGAGUUCGGUAAAUCGCUGUGACAGCCAGCCUGUUGAUGGUGCACGACUUUAUUCAAGAACUUAAAAAUUUAUUUGUCACAUACAUAAACAAUCAAACACUGAUAAUAAAAGUCUGUAAUGUGCACACCCUAAAAUGCUUUGUUCUCAUUGAAGUAAAGUAAAUAUACUUAUGUAAACUGCCUUCCAAAUGUCACCUUUUUACGAGCUCUUAGAAACAAGUUUUCAGCUUUUUUAAAUGGCAACGCACACACAGCUUUUUAAAUAAUUUGAUCAGCUGACAAACAUUUCAUUCAAACUUCUGAUGUCUUUGAAUGUGUGAGCUGUGAGGCGUUUGAUGUCUGAUUGGAUGUCUGGUGGAUAUGCCCUUGGGGACCCGGAGCAGAGGCCCCUGAGGCCCAGGGAGUGUGUGUGGAGCAUAAAAGGAGCAGAUGAGCCAGCAGCUCUUCACUCUCUGCUCAGAGCCGACAACCAGCUGACCCUCAGCCAUGACCUCCUUCUCCAGCCGCAGUAGCUACAUGUCCUCCUCCUUGAGGAGCUCCACCACGAUGGCCCCCUCCUGGUCCUCCUCCUCCCGCCGGGUAGGCAGCAUGGGAGUCGGCAGCGUGUACGGAGGAGCCGGAGGUUCUGGAGUCCGUGUCUCCAAGGCCUCCGCCUCCUUUGGAGCUUUAAACCUGGCCGGCACCAUUGAUGUCUCCGUCAGCGAGAAGGCCACCAUGCAGAACCUGAACGACCGCCUGGCCAGCUACCUGCAGAAGGUGCGCAGUCUGGAGAAGGCCAACGGGGACCUGGAGCUGAAGAUCAGACAGUUCCUGGAGAGCAGAGCUGCACCCGAGGCUCACGACUUCUAUGGCUUCAACAUCCGCAUCAAAGACAUGCAGGACCAGAUCAGCAUCGCUGCUCGUGGAAACGCCGCCCUGGUCCUUGCCAUCGACAACGCCAAACUGGCCACCGACGACUUCAAAGUCAAGUACGAGAACGAGUUGGCCAUGCGUCAGUCGGUGGAGGCCGACAUCGCCGGGCUGAGGAGGGUCCUGGACGAGCUGACGCUGAGCCGGAACGACCUGGAGAUGCAGGUGGAGGGACUGAAGGACGAGCUGUUCCAGCUCAAGAGGAACCACGAGGAGGACCUGCUGGCUGUGAGGGCCCAGAUGGGAGGUCAGGUCAACGUGGAGGUGGACGCUGCUCCUCAGGAGGACCUGUCCACCGUCAUGGCCGGAAUCAGAGAGCACUACGAGGCCGUCGCCAACAAGAACCGCAGAGAACUGGAGUCCUGGUUCCAGGCCAAGACGGCCGAGCUGAACAAAGAGGUGGCUGUGAGCACCGAGACUCUGCAGACGUCCAAGUCCGAGAUCGGAGAGAUCAGACGAACCAUUCAGACCCUGGAGAUCAAACUGCAGGCUCAGAUCAGCAAGAGAGGAGCUCUGGAGGCGACUCUGGCUGAGACCAAGAGCCGCUACGCCAACAUGCUGACAGGUUACCAGGGGCAGGUGGUGGCUCUGGAGGAGCAGCUGUCCCAGCUCAGGGCAGACCUGGAGAAGCAGAAGGUCCAGUACUCAGACCUGCUGGACAUCAAGACCAGACUGGAGCUGGAGAUCGCAGAGUACCGGAGGCUGCUGGACGGAGACACCGAGAGCAGCAGCAGCAGCAGCUCCACCACCAGAGUGGUGGUCAUCGUGCAGGAAGACCAAACCUCCUCAAACUGACACACCAGUUGGACCAAAAUAAAACCAGAAGCAGCUUCGACCAAUCAGAUGCUGUGAUCUGUAACCUGACUGUGUGAGGAGGUUCAAUAAACCAGAAGUUUGUUGUCA